AUGGCGGUCCUCUCUGCCUUGAACCGCGAAUUCGAGCAAUAUCAUGGCUUGAUUGGCACGAGGAACAUUCUGCUACUGAUUGUCGCGGCUUUUAUUGCAAAUCAGUGCUACACAAUCAUCUACAACCUCUAUCUCCACCCGCUCCGCAAGAUUCCUGGUCCUCAACUAUGGAUCGCCUUUCCAUUCUUGAGAUCAUGGCGCAUGGUCGUCGGCGACUCUGAAUUUCGCAUUCGCGAAUUGCACGAAAAGUAUGGAGAGAUACUGCGAGUUUCGCCCAACGAAGUCUAUUUCACCAAUGCUCAAGCCUGGAAAGACAUCUAUGGCCAUGGCCAUGCCGAGUUUCCCAAGUUCUACCCAGAUGGCAUCCACAUGGAUCCGCGCAAGAUUUUGUCUUCGAAUGCGCGGGACCACUUUCGCUACCGCCGUGCCAUGCUGCCCGCCUUUUCGGAUAAAGCCCUUGUACAGCAGGAGCCCCUCAUUCGCGUCUAUGUUGACCUUUUGAUCAAGCGUCUUGGUGAGGUAGCAGAGACUGGAAAGUGGACUAACAUGGUCCGGUGGUAUAAUCUGACCACGUUUGACCUCAUUGCUGAUCUUGCAUACGGCGAAUCACUCCAGGGCCUGGAGAGCGGCAAGUCCAACGCCUGGAUCGAAAAUAUCGAAAAGAUGAACAUCAUGAUGCCUAUAUUCGUGCUGCUCGGUACUUCAAAACUCCUGUUCAAGACCGUCAUGCUUCUUCUCGGUCCACUAUUGAGUCGCGCGCAAGAGAAGCACAUGGCCAAUGUAGAAAAGCUGGCCCAUGGUCGGCUCCAUGCACGGAAACAACCUGAUCGUGGAGACUUUAUGGACUACUUUCUACGUUCCCGCGGGGAGUCGCACGGUCUAAGGGACGAUGAAGUCGUUGUCAACUCUGACUUGAUCAUGGUGGCCGGAUCCGAGACCACCGCCACGCUGCUGAGUGGAGCGACCUACUUGAUGCUGACCAACCCGCACACACUGAAGCUGGCUACUGAAGAAGUUCGGAGCGUUUUCAGCCACGACGAGCAAAUCUGCUUUAACGAGACUCGAUCAAAGCUUCCAUAUCUGAAUGCGUGCCUUGAAGAAGCUCUGCGACUCUUCCCGCCUGUUCCUAUUGCACUGCCACGCAGCGUUCCGGGCGACGUUCCAAUGGAGGUCUGCGGCAUCAUGAUGCCCCCAAAGACCACUGUUGCUGUUCCCCACCUUUCAGCCUACACGUCAGAAGCCAAUUUUCACCGAGCGCGAGAAUACUUACCAGAGCGUUGGCUUUCCCAAGACGGGGGCGAUUUACUUUCUCCUUUCCAACAUGAUCGUCGCGAUGUCUUCAGGCCAUUUAGUUUCGGCCCACGAGACUGUAUUGGUCGCAGCCUCGCCUACCACGAGAUGAGAAUAAUCAUGUCAAAGUUGCUGUUUCAUUUUGACCUGAGGCUGGAUGAGAGCUGUAAUGACUGGUACAAUCAGCACAUAUUUGGACUGUGGGCAAAACCGACGUUGAAGGUGUAUCUGAGCAAGAGAUCUUGA